CUUUUGCCAUUCCUCGCUCCCUUUCUUUUCCCUGGGUUGGGCCGGCUAUAUUAGAGGACUUAGAGAUUCUGCUCGGGCAACCGGCAAUGGAAUUAUCUCCGCGGGAAGAAGGGGGAAGAAAGGCACCAAAAGCUGUGUCUCGUCGCUCAGCAUGCCACUCUGUUGGGUUGGCUUCUCCUUUGUUUGCAUCUACAUUUUUCAACCCUUGUGAGUUUUUGGGGGGGGGGGAAAGUUAUGGGGGUGUUUUGUUGCGAUCAGUAUAUAUACUUUUUCUACUUCUUACCCUUUUACCGUCUUGGGGGUUUUUUUCCCUCCUUUUUCUAUUGAUUUAUUUUUUUUGGUCUAUUUGGGCGGAGCAUUUGAUACCAGACUGGAUUCUCCCCCACUUCGGAGGCUCAGAAGUGUGUUUUUGUCUCUUUUGUCUCAGCGCGCCCAUCACGUAGUGACUCAUCAUCUUUCAUUGGAUACCCGACCCAACCAGAGACCUUAGGGCGGCUCAGACCGGGGUGGACGAGUGGAUGGAAGGGAGCGAA